UGUCCCCCACGGUGACCACCCUUGCUACUCGAAACCCUGUCUCCUCAUAGAAAGGGGCAGUCCCUCUUAACUUAUAGCGAUUAUUCUCUCAUAUGGCGCGGAACGGCCAUUCCUGAACCAGUACCCAGGCCUCCGUCGGCGAUCUCUGCUUUCGCUUUUCCAUUCCUUCGAUACCUAGCCUCAGCCCAUACCCCGCCCGCGCCUGGACCGUCUGACUCCACCUCAAACGACCAUCCCCUGUGUCAGGACGCGUAGUAGUGGCCGGAAGCUUUGAACCAGGAUCUUCAGUGGAGCAACGUUUGAAGCGACUCGCGCAAUCACGAUGCACUCCUACUCCUCAACCUAUAGCCCGCAGUCCCCCGGGAGGUCGUCCUCGGUUGCCUUCAUCGUCCCAUCACACAUGCCGGCCUCGUCUUCCGGCUCUCUCCACUCGAAUCCGCACCUGCAUAGGCAAGCGAGGGUGUCCACCCAGUCCUCGUACGCGUCCAGCCCGAGCCAAGACCCCUUGUCCGCGAACCCCUCCGCCACUCCGCCUCGCAACAAGCUGCGCAAGGGCAAGUCGAUCAAGCGCUACCUCGCCGGAGUCCAGGAGGGGACCGAUGCGGAGGGGGAUGGGCCUCGACACGGCAGCCGGAAGGGAAAGCAGCGCGCGGGCGCUGGCUCACGCACCUCCAUCGCGCUGAACUCGACCUCCGACCUCGCGCUUCCCUCACAGCCACCGCACGGGUUCAGCUUCAUCGUCGAAGAAGACGUGGAGAACAGCAACUUCCCUUAUGACCUCAGCGGCGACAAUCACCCUGCCAGACAGUCUACCUAUCACGCUAACGUCGUCGGGGAGAUGGCGCUCGAAGGAAGGCGUGUCGCGGCGGUGGGGCCCUCCGAUCAAUAUACCACUCGGAGCAAUACUUCCCGCGCGGACAGUGGUUCCCGCCGCGGGCGACAGUCGGCGCCAGCGAGCGAGGAGCCCGAGAGUAGCUCAUCUCUGGCGCGAAGGAUGAGCAUGGGAGGGCAGGCGGACGGUAUGACGCGCAGGAAGCGCUCGCUCAGCUUCGGGCGCAGGAAGAGUGGGAAGAAGACGCGCGAGGAGGCACCCCCAUUACCUGGUCCCCAACCGUCAUCCCCGCGCGAGCCUCCCACGAGCACGAGCAUCUUCCCGCCACACCCCGCGGUCUCCCCACCCAGUAGAUCGCCAUCAAGAGCAAGCGGCUUAUCCACGCCGCGUUCGCCGUACUCGCCCAUGCACUCGCCAAGUGCGGCGUCCUCCACUGCCUCCCUUGCUCGGUCGCGCUCGAUCUCGCGCUCACCAGUCGAGCCAGUACCCCCGCUACCAACCCUGGUCUUCCCGCCUGACAUGCCCGAGACGAGCAGCAAUGCAUCGCAGGCUCUUGACGGCACCUCGUCGCCGUCCCUUGUCAGCUAUGCAUCGCCGUCGCUUGGCAGCUCCUCAUUAGCGUCAAGCGAUCAUCCUGUUACUUGGAGUCACCACUCGCCGCCAUCGAUCCACGUUUCAUCCUCGCCUUACGACCUGCCUUCGACUUCCUCUGGGGCGUACGCUUCGUACUCCGCACCCUCACGAAGCGUCUCUACGAGCGUUGUAGCUCCGAGCGUCCACGGCCACCUAUCGAGUCCGCCACGACGCAGCUUUUCCACCAACAGUCACUGGUAUCAGGCAGGUAGCGAAAACGCGAUGAACUAUGCAGAAGGUCGACAACCACCAUCUGGCUAUGAACAUGGCAGAGGGCAUGGCCUAUCCCAGGACCCUUGGGAGGCCCUCACCGACGCGUCUUACUCGCCUCGCAGAAGUCCCGUACAAAUCCGCGUAGAUAUCGCACCACCUGCGAGUCAGCUGCCUAUCAGCCAAGUUGAGCAAGCGGAGUACGCGCAUAUGCUCCAUUCCCAUCCUCCACCGCUGCCGUAUCACACUCAGCCGAGCGCCACACACCGUAACAGCGACGCCGCACCUCCCACCGGCUCUAUGCGCCGCCGCCUGACCCUCACCGACCAGCGCGCCUCCUCGCGCGUGUCGAUGGCAGAGCAGCGCGUCCUCGGCGAAGAUGGCGAGUUCAAGAGCUCGCCGCGCCGUCUGAAACGGAAGCACCCGCCCACUGCGUCGAAGAACAGUCUGCAACUGGCAGGGUCGGAGCUCGGCCUCGUUCGUCGCUCUUCUACGACCAGCAACAAGAGCAAGGGCGAGCAGGGCCCGGGGUACCACGAGAUCCAGGCAGCGCAGGACAAACCGCGCCGCCCAUCCUUCCUCUCGCGCAUCUCGGACUUCGCGCGCGGGAAGAAGAAGAAGGCGACGCCGGACGUGGGCGUGCGGGCGAAUGAGGCGCUCUUUGUGGACGACUCUUCUGUGCAGGGCGGGCGCAUGAGCCUGGGCGAGGGCUACGCGAAUAGCGAACCAGGGCACGGAGGACCGUCGUGGGCGAGCAUGACGAAGAGCAAGAGUGUGGCGGGGCACGGGGAGGAGGUCGAUAACACGCCGUGCAGCCCGCUGUCGACGGAGGAAGAUGGACGGGAGUGGGGGACAGAUAUUGGGCACGAUGCGUGUGUGUCGGCGACGGUGAUGGAGGAGGAAUUCCGCAAAUUGAUGGAGGACCGGAAGUGGGCGAAUGAGGAGAAGGGCAAGGCGCGCGCGGACACCUUGCGCGGGAAGAGCGUCGAUACGAUGCGGGCGGGCAGUAGCAGCAUGCAUACGAGGAGCAGCGAGACGAUGCGGACGAAUAUCCUGGCGUACACCGGAGCAUCGACGCAUGUGGUUAGUGAAGCGUCUGCGUCUGCAGUUUCUGCCACCGCCGGCGUCCCUGAGCGACUGCCUGCUUAUGAAGAAGCGGUCGCUGGACCAUCAACGAGCCCUAUCGUUGCUUCCAGCGAUGGUUCAUCCACACCUAGGACUGGUAACGCUCAGGCAACUUCAGCUUCCCCAACGCCAACGCCUUCGCCCACUUCUGCUAGUGACGGCGUUGCCGACCUGCCCCAUAGGAGGUCAGGCAGCUCACAAUUCACGCCUGCGCAUCGCAGGUCGUACUCUGACUCUGACUCCUGGCGGGCCCCGAGUGCAGCUCUCGAGGUCAUGCUCGAUCAGUCGCUUUCGCCUGCGACGCGAUCAGCUUCACGAGGAUCUCUGGACGCACUUCGCAUGCUCUCGCCACUACCACCAUCGCCGUCUUCAUCCUGGACGUCCAAGCAUAGCUCAGUCAACCGGCUAAGCACGAUUAGCCCCACGUCGUCCGUCUCAUCGACCGGUCGCGCGCAUAAUAAGCUUGUCAAGAAGUCGCGGCGUCCCUCUGUGCAUCUCCUGGACUCUUUCAUGACGAACUCCCAGAGGUCGAGUACGGAACCUAAGAGCGCGAGUGGUAACCCUCGAUCACCUAUUUGGCUUAACACACCUCCGGGUGAGCACAGUGCGACGCUUGGUGGGAUUACAGCGACCGCCAACGCCUUUAUCUCACUGCAGGCGCGUGAAUCACCAUCGAAUUCCCCCGUCCUCGCAGACUCUCCGAUGGAUAUGGACCUACCACCCUUACCCGUCGCCGAUUGUCAAUAUUGCUCACCUCGCGACGAACGCGACGACGCGUUCUCCCAUCUACACGUUCCGGAUCGACCCGAGCUACGUGCUCGUCCAUCCGCAUCCGAUGUCAGGAGUACGCGAGCCAUGAGGCGAUGGACUGUCAGCGCGCUCGAUCAGCCACGAACUCCUGGCGACGAGGCGAGCGACGAGAGCGACUGGGGCGAAUCUGAGCACGAAGAGGAAGAGCAGAAAGCGGCAGAGGUUCUCGCGGUCGCGGCCAACAAGCCGCUUCCGUCGUCGACCCUGCUCCCACCCUCGCCGUCGAUGCCGUCCCUCGCGUACUUCGGGCGCGCCGCGGAGCGCCAGCAGCAAAGCUACUUUGGCGUCAAGGACAAGAGCUUGCCGCCGACGCCUGGCGAGCAGGAGGAUCCGGAGCCCAGGCAGCAGCGCGUGAACUCCAUGCAUGCGCCCCGCCGUCCCCAGCUCCGUCCCCUUUCGGUCAUGAGCCCUGUCCCCGCUGUGCACGACCGUCAAGCGGUAUCGUCGCCCCCGACACGUACUCGGUUCGGGUCGAUGUCUGGACAUCCGAGGAUAUUCGAGGUGGCGGGAGGAAGCGACGAAUCGUCUUCGGACGAGCGCGAUGACCAUGUCUUCGACCAGGACGAUGAGCCGGAGACGGCCACGCCCGGUACCAGCGCUGGUACAAGCUCGCUGGGUCAUGGUCAGUGGGACGGUCUUGCGCGCAGCGCAUCCAAGUCAAAGACGUACUCAUCCCUUCGAGUCAUUCCCCUCCCCUCGGACGCAGCGCAUACCCACUUGCUCCACAUCACUACCGAGCUGCUCGUCACAGAGAAGCACUACGUCUCGAUGCUGCGCCUGCUGCUCGUCCCCGGCAGCACCCAGACGCCUGCCCCGCCCCUCAUGCGCACAUACGUCCAGGAGCUCGUCAACGUCUGCGACGGCCUCGUGCGAUCCAUUGAAGGGCGCCAUGACCUGCCCGACGGGCACCGCCGCUCAAGCUCGGAGGCCGACGCGAGCGAGGGCGGCGCCAGGAGGCGCGGCGGCGAGCACAAGCGGCCGGAGCCGCCGAAUCCCGCGGUCGCCUGCCAGGCGCUCAUCACACACCGCGAGGACGUCGAGGGCGCCUAUGUACGCUGGUGCGGCGUCGUCGGCGGGUGGUUUGUUGGGCCAAGUGAGAACGGUGGCGCGAGCAUCGGGCGUUCGAAGCGGAGGUUGAGCAAGAGUAUCCUCACGGAGGGGGUGAGGCGAAGGUCAUCGAUCAUUCAAGCCAGCGAGGAGCCUGACGCAGACAAGGAGGAGUCGAGGGAGCAGCAUGUGGACCCGAAGGAGCAGCAGCCAGCACCGGAGCAGGGGGAUGCAUCGCAGGAAGGCGCGGUCGAGAAUGCGAGCGCGGAGUCGGGAGGGGAGCGGCCAUCCCUGGCUUCGCAUAAGAGCUCGGGGAGGCGAACGCACGCGUGGCGGAAGAGUGUUCCUUCAUUCUCGGCGCUGCAGAUGCAGCUCUCGUCUGCAAGGAAGGAAGAGGGAGGUGUGGACGGGCGGGACGCGGGCAAGGAAACUGGCUCCGGGAAGGCGAAGGAACACGGUUCAGGGAAAGCGCAGGAUCCCGCCCCUCGGUUAUCGCGGAGAGAGCGGAAGGAGCGUCAGCGGAAGCUGCCCACCGUGCGCGAGCUCGCGAUUCUGCCCACGCAGCGCGUCAUGCGAUACGUGCUGCUGUAUCGAGACUUGCUCGCGCAUACACCGCAAACGUCGCCCAUCCGGCCCCUCGUACAGAGCGCGGUUGACGUCGCUGCCUCCAUCGCUGCCAAGUGCGAUCGGGCGCAGGACACGGCCGAAUUCUUCCAUCGUGCGAUGUGAGAUGGUGGUGAGAGGAUAGGAUGCAUCGUUCACGAGGGGUGCUCGCUCCAACCCUUACCUUCUGUACUUCAUGUCUCGUGUGCACGCGUUCAUACCCUACCCCCAACUCGAUAACGACAACCACGGGCCCGUGCCGCAAAUACACGCUGGGCGGCACUGUACAUAGCAUGUUUUCCUGUAUACUGACUUACGUGCUUUCUCAUGACCCUCGCUCGCGGUUCCGCGUCGCGCACCUUCGUUUAGCUUUAGCUUAUCUGUUCUCUCUCCCUUUACGUUGUUGUUACUCUCCUAGCUAAUGCUUCCUCGCCGCCUCAGUAGUAUUGUACAUGGGAUUUACUAUGCCUUCGAUCUCCGCGGGUUACUUCGUACCCUGUCGGGUUGUAUUUGUAUGCUUCGCUCACGCUUUGACGUUCAAUAUACCCUCUGCGCAUGA